AACCAAAAGUCCCCACUUUUUCUAUAUUCGUUUUCUUGUGUCUUUCUAUUCCCUUUAGAAAGCCAGAACGACUUUUCUCUCAGACCGAUCGAUCUUAGCUAGUUAGAUAGCUUUCUCUGCUGUUUUAUGGAGUCUAUACGGAAACAAGCCACCAAGCUCAGGGAGAAAGUCGCUAAGCAACAGCAGGCUGUAUUGAAACGAUUGGGAAGUUUAAGUAAUGAAGCUGUUAUGGUUGAUGAAGCUGAAAUUCUGUGCCACCAACAACUUCAUGAUUUGUACACUUCUACGAGGGCUGCGAAGCAUUUUCAGCGGAGUAUUGUUCGGGGAGUUGAAGCUUUUAUUUCCAUCAGCUCAAAACAAAUGGAAAUAGUAAGAAAGUUGGCUGAAGAUUGCCGCAAAUAUGGAGCUGAAAUUCAGAAUACUAGUACCCCUCUGUUUAGAGCUUCAACUUACUUUGGUACUUCACACGAUUCAAUUGAAGAAGAGAGAGAGACUUUCCUUAGGAUCCUAGGUGAGCAGGUUUAUGAACCUUUACGGACACAACUAACUGGGUCUCCUUUGGAGGAUGCUCGUCACUUGACUCAUCGUUAUGAUAAAUUGCGUCAGGAGGUCGAAGCCCAGGUAGCUGAAGUAUUGAGGCGUCGAUUAAAAUCCAAAGCUUCUGGAUCUUCUGAAAGUUCCUUGAAGCUUCAAAAUACAGAAGCGAGAUUGACAGAGCUUAAAUCCACCGCAGUGGCACUUGGCCGAGAAGCGACUUCUGCAAUGUUGUCAGUUGAGGCUCAGCAGCAACAGAUGACUUUCCAGAAGCUCCUUACUAUGGUUGAUGCUGAAAGAUCUUAUCAUCAACAUGCACUUGCUAUUCUAGAGAAGUUACAUGCUGAGAUGAUUCUGGAGAAGCUACCACAAGACUUUUCAUUAGAAUCAGAGAAAGUGCAUCCAAAUGCUAGUGCAAAGAGAUCGGAUGAGAAGCUACCACAAGACUUUUCAUUAGAGUCAGAGAAAGUGCAUCCAAAUGCUAGUUCAAAGAGAUCGGAUGAUCAUGAACAACUUACUCAAGAUGACAAUUUUUUCAUUGCAAGAGCUAUACACCCAUUUGAUGCUCAAGCAGACGGAGAAUUGAAUCUAUCAGUUGAUGAUUAUGUUGUGGUUCGUGAGGUGGGCCCUAAUGGAUGGUCUAAAGGGGAAUGCAAGGGCAAGGCCGGGUGGUUUCCAUCUGCGUAUAUAGAGAGACAGGAAAAGGCACUAGUGAGCAAAUUAUUGUAAGCAAGUUUAUUACCACGAUCUUUCGUUCUUCAAAUCUCGUAGAUUAAACUUGGCUCGGUAGAAUCUGUAUAUUAGUAUA